UUAAAAUUAUUAUGUUAUUUUUAUCUUAUGAACUUUUAAAUUUUAAAGCCGAUAUUUUAUUUUUUUGUAAUAUUUUGUGGUUCAACAAAUUACCUUUCUUUCCAUGAUUCGUUUUUUUGAGGGGUUUAGGAAUGAUAUUGGUUGACAAUAUGAAGUCACGCAAUAAUGGCGAUAAUGAAGUAUCCUUACUACGAGAACAAGAGAUCUCCUUCCGCUUGGAUACCGUUAAUAUUUCUUGCAAGAAUAUAAAGUGUUCUAAUUGGCGCAGGCAAUCAUCGACCGCCUCCAUAGAUUCGGCCAUUAGUCUCGCAUCCGCCUUUGAACCAAACGUAGUUCUAAAGAAAUGCCAGGAGGCUCACAAUGAUGAUAACGCUGAUCUUCAUUAUGCGCAGACACGAAAAAGGACGUCAAAAAUUAGGAAAGCAAAUUCGAAAAAAAAUGAUAUCGUUAAUGAAAGGAAAAUAACAAAUUCUCUAGAUAAUAACGAUUCCGAUUCGGGGUUAGGCGCUGACGUCUCGUCUCCCGCGUAUAUAGAUAACCAAUCAUCGAUAUGCCUUAGCUUAGAAACAGAUUCGAUAGUCAAAUUUGAUCUAUCCCCCAUCCAGUCAAAUUGUAAAUUCCCACUAUGUUGCUGUAAAUAUAGUAAUUUUAGCGAUAUUUUCUAUUAUCAAGACGAUUUGAGACAAUCGUAUCAAUAUAAUCUUCCACCGCAAUUUACCACUUACCUCCAUGGGGAUGAUGGCAGUAUGCUUACGAAUAAUAAAGGCAAUAUUCCAGCUGAUUUAUCUUUCAACACGUCUCACGAUAAUAGUGUAGAUUUUAAGUACCGAUUUUCAAAUAACCCUUACCUCAAUAAUGAUAAUAAACCGUUUUCAGCAAACCACUUAAAUUACAUAUAUAACAAGAAGAUUUCUCGGCCUAAAUUCGUCUGCCUAUGGAAAGAUUGCCGUCCAACGCGAUCGUUAGAUUCUUAUCCCCAGAAUAUACCGAUUAACCAAUCAUAUUAUUCACAUCCCUAUCAAUUCGAAUUUUUUCAAGAUUUGGUCGAUCACAUUCUCGAAUCCCACAUGGAACCCAUAAACCACAAAUCUUCCAAUAAUUUAAAUCCCGUAGCUCAUCAUCAGCCCUUUUUAAAAAGGGUCAAAGAAAAAUCGAAACAAUCAUUGACAGAUAAAUUAUACUACGCCUGUUACUGGUCUAAAUGCAAAUACUACGCUCAGCCAGUGACCUCCCUUAAUUGGAUGCGACGACACAUCAUGUAUCACGUUAGCCCCAAGCCUUACAAGUGCAUAAUAGGGGGGUGCGGGGCGGCUUUCAAAUUUUACGUUUCUCUCGAAAAGCAUCUCAAUUGCAAACAUCUAGGAAAACGGAACGAUAAAUAUAAUACCGGCAGCAGAUUUUUGCCAAAUACCUUUGACGAUAAUUUUUAUAACAAUAAUAAUAAUAAUACGAUGAUGACAACGCACCUUGAAUGUAACAAUAAAAGACUCAAUAGAUGUGAGAGCUUUAUCGCUCACCAAAAUAAUAACGCGGCCUAUGACAUUGGCGAUUCAUCACCGAACUUUACAAAUUUCCCUAAAGAUUCAUAUCAUUACCAAAAUUACGGGCCAACAUUAGAUUCAAAUAAAAAGUUUGGCGAGAGCGCUAAAAAAGCGGACAGGGCCAGAUUUCAGGAAUUUUGGAGGGAAGUUAAAAAGCAGAGAAAACUAUUGGGUGUAAAGGUUAGCACGAAGCCGGAUAUGCAGACUUUAAUGGACGUCGAGAAUCUGCUGACCUUUUCUAAUAACUCUACUCUUUCAGUGCUAAAAAGACAAGAUCACAUAUCCUCUCAUAUGUACGACCUAAUGGCUUCCAAGUUAUAUCAACACGAAGGGACUAAAAACUGUUUGAAAAUAUAAUUUUUUUUAUUAUAAAAGUAAAGAUUUUUUUUACCUCAUUUUUAAUCAAACACUAAUCAUUCCAUCCAUAAAACACCGAACCACAAGGAUUUUAAUCUAUCGUGCAAUCAAAAUGGCUUCUUAAAGAGGAUCAUAUAAGAAUAUCAGUGCCGAAUCUCAUAACAAAAAUGAAAAUCAUAUAUGCAAUAAUUUUUCUCCACUUUUAUAAUCAAACU